ACCCAAUACCUUGGAAUUCCCUGUAGCGCCUAUCCUGGAAAAAAUCCCUUAACAAUCUGAUAAUUUCUUAUAAAAACUAGGGCAAACAAUGUUUCGGCAGUACUUCAGACGAAUCACUCCAGUCAUGAACCCAAUUCUUGUUUUGGCUUUUGCUUGCUUUGCUGUUUCGUCAGCAUACGUUAUUCAAGAUCGCGACGGUGAAGAAUAUUAUCUGGCACCCCUUCAUCGCCAGAGGAGACAAACAACAGGAUUUGACAUUUCGAAGGAAGCUAAUGGUGGUAUUAGGACUAGCGCAAAUUAUCUGGGUACCAUUUUUAACAACGGAGUUCAUCGUCUUGUUGGCGGUGCUUCUAUCUCAAAAGAGUUCCGUCCGUCAGGACCUCUGAGCGUAGCCGGACAAUUGGGAUACUCACAUAUUCCUUCACGUUCAGGUCUAAAUAUCGACGUUCAACGUACCUCUCGGGGUGGUACUGACUUUAGUGCGACCGGAAAUGCAAACUUAUGGCGCAACGGAAAUUCUCGUUUGGACGCCGUUGGUAGCUAUACUAGACAUUAUGGGGGACCCUGGGGAACUGGAAGACCGAAUUACUAUGGAGGACUUCAGUUUUCAACUAGAUUUUAAAAUUAAUUAUUGUGUCAUAAUUAAUUUGUUAUUAAAUAAACAUUUUUAAUGUGUCCAUA